AAUGCAACGUAUACAUGACAGUUCACGUAUUGUAAGUUAUUUAUGAGGAUUAGAUAAAAGAGCAGUAACAAGCGUGUGAAAACUUUGGUGAUAAGGCUUUUCUUUUUGAUACAAAAUCAAAUGCUUCCUCAUAUAACUAGUUUAGAGACCAUGGUGGACCAUGUUUGAGUGUCAUUGGCAGGGAAGGACCGCUUCCCAGACUUAUUAUCAUCAUCAUAUAACGCUAAAUUGAAUAUUUUUUUUGUAGAAAUCGUGUUGUUCACGAAAACGUAUUAAAUAAUCUAAUUUUCAUUGACUGAGUAUCAAACUUUUUAGUUGUUACAGAGAGAAAAAUUCGUAUAAAAGAUGAGACUCGUAUUUGUGGUGUUCGGUCUAGUGUUUUCUGGAUUCGUUUCAGGGAUAGAAUAUUAUUCCGAUGCAUUUGAUAAGAUAGAUGUGGAUGCAAUUAUUAAUAGCAACCGUCUUUUAAAUCAAUAUAUCGACUGCCUUUUCGAUAAAGGUCCUUGCACUGUCGAUGGACGCAGCCUUAAACUUAUACUCCCAGAUGCGUUAGCUACAAAAUGUGAAAGAUGCACCGAGAAACAACAAUACAUGGCAAGAAAAAUAAGCAAUUAUUUGAGAGAACAUAAACCAGAUACUUGGACAGCAUUUCUUGAAAGAUUCGAUCCUGAUAAAAUAUAUAUUGCAUCUUUCAAACAAUUUCUAGAGCAAACAAAGCCUUAAUCUUCAUUUGGUUAGUUUUUUAAUAUAUGCAUGUUUUUCGAAUGCAUAUUUUGAAUACAUGUAAUAUUAAAUCUAUAAAAUUUUUAUCUUUUAAGAUAGUAAUAUAUCAAACAAAAAGUUUUCGAUGUUUCAGAAACUUCAACGAAAGAUAUCUCAUGUCGUAAAAGAUUGACAUUGAAAAUUAGAUUUAAGUGAAUUAUUUCAUAAAUUGUAAUAUAUCAUGUAUCAACAUAUCAAUACAACAUUUACAUUGUAACAAAUAUCAUAUUAUAUAAAUAUGAAUAGAUAAAUGAUUAUAAUAAUAAAUUGUAAUUUUCCAAAAAUUAUCAUACCUUUGACAUUUGCACAUUGUAAAACUGGUACAUAAAUAUAUUACAUUACAAAGCUUAAA